AUGUAUUGUACAGUGAUAGCGUGGGGCGACUGCUUCGACCCACCGGUGCUGAUGUGCCACGGCCAGGUGGACUCCGCGGCGUGCUUCCGACCGCUGGUCAAGUUGUUGCCGCGAAACUACUAUUAUAUCGCAAUGGAGCUACCAGGGAACGGCAAGUCUGACCCAGUGCCGCCCGGGCUCAUGAUGUCCGCCUAUGAAAUCCUGUACGCUAUAAAGACCGUCGUCGACCACUUCAGAUGGGACUCGUUCAUUUAUAUCGCGCACUCCCUAGGAACCUUACUAGGUAAGCUGUACAGCCUCUCGUUCCCCGGUCGUAUCUCGCACAUCAUCGACUUGGACCCGACGGCCGCCUACCACACCGUCUCCCCGGAACAGCUGCCCGCCUGGUACAGACAGUUCUUCGUCUCCUACUUCGAGAAAUACAAGAAAUUCGUCUCGCCGAAGGAGAAUGCACCUAAAUACACAUACGAAAAGGCGUUUGAAAUGAUGAAGAAGAACCGAGGUCUAACUGACGACGCAACCAGAACAGCUCUCGAGAGAAUAUUGGAGCCCGCUGGGAAGGGACUAGUGAGAUUCACAUUUGAUCAAAGGGCGAAGCUGAUCACCCUACCACCACUCCCCCCAGCAUAUCUCAAAGCAUUGUACACAUCCAUAGCCACUCCCACCCUGUCCAUACUGGCUGAGGAUUCUGUACAAAAUGGCGCUUACAAAAUGGCUGACUUCGUGUUUGUAGACGACUGUGAGAGACAGUAUUACGUUAAGAGGGUGUUAGGAAACCACGACGUCCACGUGAACUACCCAGAGAGAAUCGCCCCACACAUAAUACAUUUCCUAUUAAAUAGUGAAAAUUCUACGUCGGGCUCUUGUCACUGCGGGCAUGCCUGCCAUUGUAUAACGUCGUGGUUCGUCGACAAGAGACCUGACGGGAUGUCCUUGGUACCUUGGAGGAUGGGGCGUCCGCUUGUAUGGGACUUCAGCUACGUAGACACGGUGGCGCCGUCUCAUCUUGCAAGUACUGGAUGUAGGAAGAGGGCUGGUGUCGCCGCAACACACCAUAAGACUAUUAAGCACCGUAAAUAUUCAUCCCUUGGAAAUGGAAAACUUUGCAGCAUUUGGAGUUGA